CUCCAAACAUCAAUAUAAACCGAUCAGAUAUGACUCCUCCCCCAGCCCUGUCCUAAGUCAAACAGGGAAAUGGCUGAAAAGAGAGAAGAAUGCCAGAGUCAGACCUAAGAAACUGGAACUCAGAGUUUAAUGGAAAGGAGCUUCCAUCACUCCGGUCAACGCUAAUGAGAAGAAUUUGGAAAAACUCCCUUUACAUGGCAAUCACAAUGAGAAAACUUUUUCGGGGUCAACAGAGCCACAGGAUGGUGAUCUUCUUUGCCGUCUUCAUCCUGACCACACUCCUCAUCCUCUAUGGCUCCAACAACAGCAAUGAUGGCAUCUACAUCCCCUUUCACGUGGCCAUCAGUCACGCCGUCAAGACUGCAGACCUCAGGAAGUUAGCUGGUAGAGAUGGCUACAUGCCAGUUUUCGGUAACAAGAGUAUGAACCUGCACUGUCGCAACUGCGCACUUGUGACGAGCUCCAGCCACGUCCUCGGUAGCCGGGCGGGGGACGAGAUCGACCGGACGGAGUGCGUGAUCCGCAUGAACGACGCCCCCACAUCAGGUUACGAGACGGACGUCGGCAACCGCACCACCCUCAGGGUCGUGGCCCACUCCAGCAUCUUCAGGGUGAUGCGGCGGCCCAACGAGUAUCUGCGGCGCACGGACAGCAACUCCACAAUCAUCUUUUGGGGACCUCCGAAUAAGAUCUGGAAGGACGCUAAGGGAACUUUGUUCAGAUUGAUCCAGAGGAUCGGGAUGACCUAUAGCAACCUGACGUUCUUCAGCAUUUCACCAAACAAAAUGCGAAAGUUUGAUAAUCUGUUCAGCAGAGAGACCGGACGGGACAGACAAAAGUCCCACUCUUGGUUGAGCACUGGCUGGUUCACAAUGGUCAUAGCCAUUGAGAUAUGUGAUAACAUUAAAGUAUAUGGGAUGGUUCCACCAAAUUACUGCGGAAAGCCGGGGUCCAAGAAGAUGCCCUACCACUACUACAAACCCAGGGAGUCUGACGAAUGUGCAACGUACCUUCAGAAUGAAAACAACCGCAGGGGACACCACCAUCGUUUCAUCACAGAGAAACAGGUGUUUGCCCGCUGGGCCAAGCUGUAUAACAUCACGUUCACCAGCCCCAAGUGGUGAGACUUGGUGAGCAGCUGUACAGCCAAGAAGCAGACGAGCACAGCGGAUUACAAGUUCACGGUGAUCUCAAAACGAGGCGUCACAAAUGCUUUUAUCCGGCAAAGAUGGUGAAGAUACGGGAAAUCUUCAGUUAAUGAUGAUGAAGAUGUGUGGAAGUGUUUCCAUUUCUGAUUUCAGGUACUAAACUUGUAUGGCUUUUGGAGCACUGUCAAUUGUAGUCAGAAAGUUUACACACCAGCGGCAUGAAUGUCAUCAGUUUGAGGUUUAAUUUGGAGCAUAUUUUUUUCUCAGGGUGAAGGGACUUCACAACAAACUCCUUCCAAGUUUUCUGGCAAAUCUGGGUGGAGCCACAGAGUCAGAAUUAUACACACAAGCUCAAAUGUUUACAUACACCCUCUGUAGUAACUGCUUGACGCUCCCAUGUCAUUACAUACGUUUUGUAACUGUUAACAAGAUCCUAGCAUAAUGCUUGCUGGAUAUUCACUCUUUAUGCAGAACUGCUAUAGUUUGCUUAAAAAGGCAGCUCUGUCCAGGAACUAGGUGCGCACCAAUUGCAGUUUUCUGGCCGAUCACCGAUCUAUUAAAAAUCCUGACCUGCCAAUUGCGAUUUUGCCUGAUGCCAAUUUUUUUUGUCCAAAAUGUUGCUAAAUGUAGCAAGAAAGUUGAUGAGUUGCCAACAGUGAGAUGACUAUUGUUAACUGUAAACAUAUAGAUCUGAUCUGGUGGGCCAGUCUGCUAGUCAAACCUCUCUCACAGUAGAGCAGAAGAAGAUAACAGUUGAUAUACAUACUUUUGCCGAGGUAGAUCAAAUCGGUGGUUAAGAUCAGCUUCACAUGUAAAAAUUGGCCGAUCGCCGAUUUCCCAAAAUUGAGGAAAUCGACACCGAUAAAUCUGUGCAUCCCUAGCAGGAACCCAACAGAUUUAAAUAAAGUUUGCACAUUUUCAAUACUACCGAGGUCACAGCUUUGGGAAGACUCUUCCACAAGGUUGAUGUUAGCAAGUUGGCUAUUACAAAGUAGGUUUUGAUGUGCAUUUAUUGAAUGGUAAAAUCCAGGAAAAUUGAUUCUUAAAAAUUCCUUCCACUUUGUGUGUUGGCAGCUAAACAACCCCACAUCCUGAGGCUAGACAGCUGGUGCAGUUUGGUUUAGAAGCCUUGCCUUGUCUCAUUCUUUGUCUCAUCUGCCCGUAAAGCGUUCUCCAGAAAACAUUUAGCUUCUCUAGGUGUUGAUUCUUUUUUGGACUGAGUUCAUUGGACUGCCCCAUUGUUACCAGUAUAGGACUAUCCAGUAAUAAACAUGUCAAUGCUUGAAUGUUUGAAACUAUUACAGCCAAUCAUGAUCACUUACUUAAUAGUUUGGAAGAUUUAUAUUUAAUAGAGUCUAGUAAAAACACAAGUUAGAUUUAUUUUUUGAUAAAAUAAAUCAGGUUAUGUGUGGUAAUAAUCAUUCCACCCUGGAAAAAAAAGGGUAACCUCAUUUAAAACCCCAAAAUAAUGUGUUCAUUCCAAUGAAUGUGUGUGUAAACUUCCUCGCUGCAUCUGUGUGCCACAUAGUGCUGUCUGACUGAAAUUUUGUACAUAGAAAAUGACUAAUUUAAAAGGUUGUACACAUCUUUAUAUUUUUAUGUAUUUAAAUGUUUUUCGAUGUUGGAGGAUUAUAUCAGCAAGUUCCUUUAGUCCAAAAUCAUCAAGUGGUUUACGACACAAUAAUUUAAGUAGUUUUCAUCACUGUUAUAAAGAGAUCAUAUUCUAAAAUAGCUGCCAAAGACAGAUGUCCAAUUCAGCCGACAGGCCAAUCAUAGCGGAGCCUUAUGAGACAACACAGCAGCCCAAACACUGUGGUUUAGAGCAGGCGCAUGUUGAACUGGACAACAUUGUAGUUUUACAACAACCCAGACCUAACUAACUUCAGUUAAAUAUUUUUGCCACAAGUGGGAACUAAUGCAUCCAUUGACAUUUGAAACUGGCCAAAGUUUUAAGUGCAUGCAACCAGAAUGUAUUCCAUAAAGGUUUAUUUCAGUGCUUUGUUCAGUUCAAGAAAUUAGAAGGGAGGUUUAGUUGGAGGAUUGCAUUUUCUAACCAUAUUGCCUUUUAGGAGUAGCUGAUGACCAUCCUUGUGCUUUAGUUCUUCAAAUCCAGUCAUGUUUUGCUGAAAGUCAUUUGUUGGUUAUGAAAAGUGUGAUUUUUAUCUGGUAUCAAAAUCCAAUUAAAUAUUAAAAUUAUGGUGAUAUAAGAGACAGAAAUAAUUGUUUUUAACCACUUUCAGAACAGAGAAGGCAGAUAUCUUUGUUUUUUUUGUCUUUCAUUUUUAUGUGACUGGUAAAGAGCAGCACUUCAUACUACUGUAAAUUAUGUUUCCACAAAGAUUAUAUCCAUAAUAAAGGAAGAAUUUGCUGCAGACUGUA